GCCUUGCCUUACUUGUACAUUCCUUUUCCUGUUGAGCAGCUUCAAAAUCCUGAGGAGGGCAAUGCAUAUCUUCAUGAUCUAGUGAAGGCUAUUGAGAAAGCUUUAAAAAGUCGAAGUACUUCUGUCUCCAAAAGACAACACAUACAUGGUUGCAGCCUUGUUCGGGCAAAGAAAUUUUAUGGCUACCAUUCGUCAGAGAAGCUCUUCAUGAAGAUUUAUUUAUAUUAUCCUCAUGAGGUAGCCCGUGCUGCUGCUCUGCUUUUGGGUGGUGCCAUUCUUAAUAGAAACUUCCAGCCCUAUGAAGUUCAUAUCCCUUAUCUUCUUCAUUUUUUGGUUGACUACAACUUAUAUGGAAUGAGCCAUAUACAUACCUCAAAUGUUAGAUUUCGUCCUCCAUUACCAGAUAGCUUCAUUCCUAAGGCAGCAUGUCAUGAUAUUGGGGCAGGUACAGCUGAUGCAGUUUGUAAUUCAGCCAUUUGGCUUUCUUCUACAGUUCCAAGUGCUUUAAUUUGGCCUGAUUCAGCUAUUGGAGUUAUCUUGGAGAAUAACGCCAUUAACUUCAUUAGACGUCAAAGUAUCUGUAUGCUUGAGGCAGAUUUGAGUGUGGAUGACAUUCUAAAUGAGAGACAUAAAAUGUAUACAUCUCUUUCGCAGACUAAAUCAGACGUUAAAAUGGUUCAGUCACUUAUACCAAUUUGGGAGGAAGAGUAUGAACGGUCAGGACCACAGGAGGCAGUAAAUUUUGCUGAUGCUAGCAAACCUCAUCCUGAAGAUGUAUUGAAAGGCUUUUUACUUGGACUUGAACAUGAGAAUGCACUCUCCAAUUUAUUCUUAGAAGCACAAAAAUCCUUUCCCUUAAAUAUUUCUGCAGUCAAGGAGGAUAAGAGGUUAGAGGAGUACAUUACAUCAUUUAGUGACAUUGCCAAAACACUCACUCCAAUAGAACAUCAGAGACUAAGCAGUCCGUGCAGUGGACCUUUGAAGCAUUCUGAAAAAAAAAAUGAUAAAGGAAUGUCUUCAUCUGAACCCUCUUCCCAGAAAAAUGAGGAUACUCUACCUUAUGCGGAAAACUGUGAGUUUCAUGAAUUGACACCUACAGUCAUCAGGUCAUCAUCAUCAUCACAGAUGAUUGCAUCUGAAGAUCUGAAGAGUUUAGAUACUGAAGCGCUUGGGCUUUUAAGCUGGCUUGCAUCUUCACAAGCUGUAGAAGACUUGACUACUGACGAUGCAUUAGUCCAUGAAGCAAUUCUCAGUCCCUUAUUUCCUACAAAAUCCUACCAAAAGGCUUUAGAGAUGGCUCAUCAAGAUUAUCUGAGUACUUCUCAGCAGGAAUGCCAGGAUAUUCUUGAUUCUGUUGAAGGUGCCAUCAAGUCUGAGGCGCUGAAGGAACAGAGUUCUUGUGCUGGGGAUCAUGAGCAUAUGGCCAGUGUUUCAUCAGGUGAUACAAUUCCUCAAGUUGAUGGAUCAUCUGAUGAUAAUUUUAAAAUUCCUUACAGAGCCAAUCUUUCUGAGAUGAAUGCAAGUAGUGAAAGGGAGAGAUCACCCACCUGUGUGAUGGCAAAGUGCACAAAUACAAGGGAAGACAGCAUUCACAGUAGAAACAAACUUCUAUGGGGCCCUUUGCCAUUCUCUGUUAAAGAAAACAAGCAUGAAGAUUUCGAACCUGGCUCUGUUGAUUCUCCUUCUGAUGAUUUGAUGAAAAAUAGUACUGAGCAUUGCACCUCAUCUGGGAGCAAAGGGGAGAAGGGUUACAAUGCUGCGAAAGUUGAUGCAGGCAUAGAGACUUCUGAUGAAAAGGUAAGAAAGGCAUUGGCUGCAUGCUCUGUGAGAGAUUUGAUGAGGAAAAAGCGUUGCUUCCUGGGUGGGCAGUCUGAAUCUGAUAGACCUUUCAUUAAGUCAUUAACUAAGGUGAAAAAGAAAAUGAUUUCAGACGGGUCAAACUAUCAUGUCUUGCCCCAUGACAUUUUACAGGUAAGGUCAUCUGAAAUUGUUCAAGAGAAUAUAAUGUCCUGGGAAGGUUGCAAGCACGAUGUAUGCACAUCCAACAUUCUGAAUGAAGAACAAGUAAUUUUGCAUAGUGAUAGCAAGCACAUUAGUGAACAUGAUGAUGAGAUUGCUCCAGAGGGCUUUGUUGAAGCACACAUUAGCAGCCAUACAGAUUCAUAUUCUGCAUUUGAUACAAACGUUCUGCAAACUAAUGAUCUUGUCAGUGGAGAAGGGGGUGCAGGAAACAGCUCAGCUUACCCUGAUUGCAAAAUCUGCAGUGGCUCGAAUAUGGAAAAGACUCCUGUAGAAUAUAUUGAGAUGACUUUCGGCAGGAAACCACCCUCUAAAGAUCAGAUUGAGAUGAUUUCAGAGGAUUCUCCUGGGGCUACUGGGCAGCUUGUUGGGCCUGUAAAUGCUCAUGAUGAAUCAUCAGCCUUCAAUUCUUGCUCCAUGGACUUUGAGAGGCAGGGAAAGAACGACAUCCUCCCAUUUUUUGAAAGGACCUCUGUUGAUACAACACCAUGUAAAUUGUUGCUUAGUGUAGAAAAUCCUAAUUUUGUUCAAGAUUCUGCAGCAGGUGCCCCAACUCACUUCCAAAAUGAUGGUUCAGUUUUAUACUUGCUGACUCAUGCAUUUUCACCACCAACUUCAUACUCUGUUUGUCAAUGGCUUUUGGAAGAAGUGCCCGGCGGUCAUUCAGAUGAUGCCACUGGUCACUCUGAAUGGAACCUGCCAUUAUCGUCACCAAAUCCUUCUUUCAAGCUCGGUAAUGGCCUGGAGGACACUGUUAAAGGGUAUUUCCAUAAUGAAAAAGCAUCAUGUCAUGCACAAGAUAUUUUAGUAGAUGCUUGUGAUGGUGCCUUGCCAGAUUCUAAAGUUGCUUUUCAUUUGAAGGCAGAUUUCUCCCCAUCAAGUCAGGAGAAGAAAAUACACUUGCCUGUAGUUGAUGUUCUUUCUAAUCAUACGAAAUUAGCUGGCAAUCAUAUGAAAGAAAAUGUGGUUACCAAUAGUUUUAAUGAUGCCUCUCAGAUUUCAGGUCCAGAUGGGAAAUCAGAUCUUACCCCUCUCAGUCAAAUUGGUUUUCGCGAUCCUGCAAGUGUUGGUUGUGGACAACAACUGACAAUAAUGAGUCUGGAGGUUCAGGCAGAAUCUAGAGGAGAUCUACGGCCUGAUCCCCAAUUUGAUUCCAUAAACAUUAUAUCUGUCGCAGUUCUGGAGGAUACGAGUGCUGCUUUUGACGUUUAUGUCCUUAUGCGUGAUAACGAUGACGACUUAUAUAGGAGAUGCAGAAAUAUUGAUGGAGUUUCUGGUUGCAAUAUUGUUGUAAUAUCUGAAGAAAAACUUCUUCUGAACCAUUUUGUGAAGAUCGUUUCUUCAGUUGAUCCAGAUAUUCUGAUGGGAUGGGAGAUUCAAGGUGGCUCUCUCGGUUUUCUUGCUGAAAGAGCAGCACAUCUAGUUGCUGAUACUGUUCUUGAGGAUGCUAUAACUGAAGAUGAAUGGGGUCGUACCCAUGCUAGUGGUAUACAUGUUGGUGGACGGAUUGUGCUUAAUAUAUGGCGACUCAUGCGUGCAGAAGUUAAGCUUAAUAUGUACACUGUUGAAGCUGUGGCUGAAGAAGUUUUGAGGCGAAAGAUUCCGUCAAUUCCAUGUAAAGUAUUGAAUAAUUGGUUUUCAAGUGGUCCUGGCAGAGCAAGACAUCGAUGUAUAGAUUAUGUCAUGGAGAGGGCAAAGCUUAAUCUUCAAAUUAUGAAUCAAUUGGAUAUGAUUAAUAGGACAUCUGAGCUAGCUCGUGUUUUUGGCAUUGACUUCUUCUCUGUUCUAUCACGAGGUUCACAAUUUCGUGUUGAAUCUAUGCUCCUAAGAUUAGCACAUACACAAAACUAUCUCACAAUAUCUCCAGGAAACCAUCAGGUAGCCUCGCAGCCUGCAAUGGAGUGUUUACCACUUGUUAUGGAGCCAGAAUCUGGGUUCUAUGUUGACCCAGUGGUUGUACUGGAUUUCCAAUCCCUUUAUCCAUCAAUGAUAAUAGCAUACAAUCUCUGCUUCUGUACAUGCUUGGGGAAAGUCGUUCCUUCAAAAUCAAAUGUGCUUGGUGUCAGCUCUUAUUCACCAGAUCCAAAUCUUUUGAGGGAUUUAAAAGAACAGCUUCUGCUAACUCCAAAUGGGGUUAUGUAUAUUCCCUCAAAGGUCCGUAAAGGCGUGCUACCCCGUCUGUUGGAGGAAAUAUUAUCAACUAGGAUAAUGGUGAAGCAAGCUAUGAAAAAAUUGAGGCCUUCACAGCAAGUUUUGCAAAGGAUAUUUAAUGCAAGGCAGCUAGCUCUGAAGCUUAUAGCCAACGUUACUUAUGGUUACACAGCUGCGGGCUUUAGUGGCCGCAUGCCUUGUGCCGAACUUGCAGACAGUAUUGUACAGUGUGGUCGCAGAACACUUGAAACAGCAAUCUCAUAUGUAAAUGCAAAUCCUAAGUGGAAAGCCAGGGUUGUAUAUGGUGAUACUGAUAGUAUGUUUGUUCUCCUGAAAGGACGUUCAAUGGAAGAGGCAUUUAGGAUUGGAAACGAGAUUGCAUCUGCAGUUACUGCAAUGAAUCCAAAUCCAGUUACAUUGAAAUUGGAAAAGGUCUAUCAACCGUGUUUUCUUCUUUCGAAAAAACGCUAUGUUGGCUAUAGCUAUGAGAGUCCUGACCAAAAAAAGCCGACUUUUGACGCAAAAGGUAUUGAAACAGUACGCAGGGAUACAUGCCCAGCUGUUGCAAAGACCCUGGAACAGUCUAUAAGGUUGAUAUUUGAGCAUCGGAAUAUAUCUAGAGUGAAAUCCUAUUUGCAGCGUCAAUGGACACGAAUAUUAUCUGGAAAAGUGUCUAUUCAGGAUUUUAUUUUUGCAAAAGAGGUUCGCUUGGGUACUUACAGUGUUAGGGCUUCUUCCCUUCCGCCAGCUGCAAUAGUGGCUAUCAAAGCAAUGAAUGCAGAUCCCAGGGCAGAGCCACGCUAUGGAGAGCGAAUACCAUAUGUUGUAAUUCAUGGAGAACCUGGAGCCCGUCUUAUUGACAUGGUUGUUGAUCCAUCUAAUCUUCUGGAGAUCAACUCUCCAUAUAGAUUGAAUGAUCUGUAUUACAUCAAUAAGCAGAUCAUUCCUGCACUGCAACGGGCAUUUGGACUUCUUGGCGCUGACCUGAACCAGUGGUUUUUGGAAAUGCCUCGCCCACUAAGACCAACACUGGCUAAAAGUCAUUAUUAUGUGUCUCAUUCAUGGUCUUCUCAUGAUAUUGAUGAUAAUAGACAAGGGAUUUGUAGAAAGGCACAGACAAAAAGAAGCAGGAUAGAUACCUAUUAUGUCUCAAAGAAUUGUAUUCUGUGUGGUGAGCUGGUUCAAAGAAAAGAAUAUUUGUGUGAUAAAUGCUCAGAGAAGGAAGCACUUCUUCCAACAGCUGUGGUUGGAAAAACUGCAAAGUCAGAGAGAGAGAUCCAACAUCUUACCGCUAUCUGCCGACAAUGUGGUGGCGGUGACUCGAUUCUGGAGAGUGGGGUAAAGUGCACUUCUCUUGCAUGCUCAGUCUUCUACGAGAGGCGUAAAGUUCAGAAAGAAUUACAAGCUCUCUCCACAUUUGCAGCAGAAGCUGGACUGUAUCCAAGUUGCAGGGCUGAGUGGUUCUAAUCUGUAAUUUCCAAUGAGGUUGUAAUUCAGAUAUGUAUAUAUUGUUUGAGAAAUGUAUCUUAUGUACAAUAUGUAAAAUAUGUGUUGUAUUAAUACUGGCAAUAUACCAAAUAAGACAGUUUCAUUUAUUCAAAAAUUGCAUUUUGCUGUUGCAA